CGGAAGGCGGACGCGGUGGUGCAGUUCGUUUCUUUGACUGUCCCAACGCCCGCCUCCUCCCGACCGAUUCCUCCCAUUGGUUUCCGCCUCUUUAUUUAUUGAACGCCGAGAGGGCGACGGCGGCUUCGAAUCUAUAAUUCUGCGUUCAAUUGAUCGAGCUCCACCGAUGGCGUCCUCCUCCUGUGGCUUCGAUCUCCGUUCCGUGGCCACGGCGAGGGAACUACCUCUGUUGAUGGAGAAACGAGGAGGUCCCUCGCUCUGCUGUCGUCUCGAUGCCCGAUUGACGUCUCGUAGGAGGAGGAGGAUGUGCGCAGAGGCGAGUCUGACGAUCUCGAGGAGCACCGUCGCGACGGCGGACCGCCUCUCGUCGGAAAGGCGGGAUCUUUCUGUCUCGACGCGGCCACCGCCGCUUUACUUCAACAAGGCGGUGGAGGGGGAGAGGGCUCGUGCCACCCCCGAGAAGCUGGAGCAGUGGAUUAUGGAUUCGAUCGGAGAGAUCGUGCGGAACAUCGAAAAUGAGCCCUUUUUGAUGCACAUCUUCUCCGACUGCGGCGGCGCUUCGGGAUUGAGGUUGGUUAAGGAAGAGGCGUUCCCGGAGCGCUGGCCGCGGAUCAAGAAGCGGUGGGAGAGGACGAGAAGCGCGCCCGACGCCGUCAUCCUCGUGGAGCGGCUACAAGGGGACGGGGAGGACGAGGAAGACAGCGCGAUCGGCGCCGGCGGAUGUGACAGUCACGAGACGUGGGCGCUAGUGGUGCAGGGCCGCGGCAUGGACUGCGCCGCCUGCUACAUCCUCAACACCACCCGGGUGAUGUCGGCGGUGGGAUUCUGCACCCACUUCUGCCUGGUGAGAGCCCAAUGCUUCGGAGAUCCGGUGGAUGUGCAGCUGAUGAACGCCUGGUUGCAGAGGUAAAUCAGCCAUUCUUUCGAUGGAUUGGAGGCGUCGGUCGAAGACGAUGCCCGAUUGGAUUCUAUUCACUUAAUUUCUCUACCAAUUGAGAAGCAAUCUGUAUCUAAAAGUCUUUUUCUUUUUCUUUUGUAAAAAAUAAUAAUUGAUAUUCAAUGCUGAAUAAAGAAAAUUUCAUGCC